AUGGUAUCCAAAACUGGUGAAACCGCCAGUGAAGAUAACAUCACCCCGUUAGCUCCGCGUCCUACGCGUGAAGAUACCCGACCAGAAAACGUUCCUCCCCGGCCGGAACCCAUGAGGCCGAUACGACCACUUUCAAGAUAUACAAUAACCCCCAAGGAUUUCAAAGAUCUAAUUGAAGAUCUCAUCUGUUCCCGCCGUAACCCGAUGACGGUUAAAACUUCUGCUCCGCCCGCAGCGGAUUCAGUCAUGGCAUCGGCGCCGGCUCCAGCAGCCGUAGCAAAUAACGCGUCUACAGUGGCUGCUAAACCAGCAUCUGAGACUACAGGCUUUCCUAGUUUGACCAUGUCAGCUCCGUUGCCUACGAAAGUUCUUCCGAGCAUCGAGGCUAUGGAGGCGAACGUGGUCAAGCGAAGUGAAUCGAACGCGUCUUCGGAUGGUGAUGUAUCUAGUAUCACUCCUCCUGAUACAGCUCGUACUGCACCUACUCCGUUCUCAGCUACUAUAUCGUCUGGCUUGUCGAAACCUGCGUGUACUACCGCGCCUCCAUCCGCUCCAUCUACUGCAGCCCCCUUAUCCACCCAUCCUGGCGCGAUCGCGUUCGAGUACAUUAGGAAGCACGCAUUACCUACCUCGCAGCAGCCAGAAUUGCCGUCGACGCCAACGACCAGCCAGGCGCCACAGAUGGUGUUUGGGCAGUCAACAAUGCCAUGUGGCCCCGCGGCACCAUCAACUACCAAAUGCAGUUUUGCUUCUCCAGCAGACUCGUCUUCCCCUUCAUACUCGCACCGACCUACUGUAACAAACCCUCAGUUAUCCCAGCCUGGUUUUACUGGUGUAGCAGCAACUCCCUCGCCUGGCCAAGGCGCAAUGGUCCCUCGAGGUUUCCCUUCAUUUGCAAAUUCCGUGCCUAUCCAGACGGGAGAAAUGACUUAUGAUCUUCAAGGGAUUUCAGCACCUGCCAGCUACGGCCAACUCUCUGAUCCGGCCAGUAACGCGAUUUCACCUCAAAUUAAAGUCUUAGGGGAUAUAGAUAUUUCCAACCUGAAGCCUGGCGAUGCUGUGUUUUACUUCGGUGUGAUCUGUGUUCAAGAACAUCUUGCUCCGUCUCUUGAAUUUUGUGAAUAUUUUGAUAAUACGUGGGUGGCCAAGCUUAAAUUUACAGGACACGAAAUUUCGAUAAUGCAAGGUUACAAUACCAAGGCAGCUGCUGCGGCAAAUGCGUGUGGUGGCGGUUUGGAAAUACUGAAGGAGGCAAUGCCACUUUGGGCCCUUCCCAAUACCCCUGGAUUAGGGGUUCAAUCCAAUAUGCUGCGUUGGGAUGUUCUUUGGAAUUACAAUUUCUUGCUUAUAGUAUACACCGAGCAACAAGGGAUUGAUCAUCCUGUUUAUACACAAUAUUCAAACUUCGAUGGAUAUCGCUAUGAAGUCGAAGUGGCUGGACAUACAUUUUUUGGUAUCGAGAAGCAAUACCCGACUAUCGAGGAGGCCAGAAUUGGCUGUGCGCAUCAGGCCUUACACUUUCUAAUCCUCUCAGGGGGAGAUUUUAUGGAUAGUGCCAAUCCAGGUUCGGGUUUUUUACUGAAGCCAGAAACGCCCACACCUAUGAGCACAGGUUUAGUAACUAAACAGGGUCAGUCAAAAUUCCCAUUUGUGCCAGCUGGAGGCAAUGUUACCCCAUCGGAACGACGUAGGAGAAAUCAGAAGUUUUACAAUGCAGCACUUCAGCGUCAGUCUAAAGUUGACAGCGGAUCUAAACUACAGCAACUACCUAAAGCCAGAUGUGUACCUCUGCCAGCCGCACGCACUACACGAGCGAAUACUGUCAAGCUCAAGGCCGCGCCGAGCACUCAAGAUUGUAUACCUCCAGCUAAACCUGCAACCCCUGCGUUCUUUGACCCUUCUCUAGGAAGUCACGAAUCUCCAGCCAAUUUUGAUAUCCCCGAUGCCGCAGAAUUUUCACGCGCCAUUUUUUACAAGUGUCGCAUAAAGAACACUGACCCCAAACCUGAGCUCUGUACUGCUAGCAUCUGCGAUCGUCUAUCUAUCAGACCGCCUAUUUUACGUUCAAAGGCCGUCAACAUGGGACAGAAACCGGUGAUCCACGAGAUCGACGCGUAUUUUUACCUUGACGUCGGCCUUAAGGAAUUCAAGGGCAUCGGCUUUGCAAGUAGUGAGAAUAGACAGCAAGCAGACGCACUCUGUCGGCGCAACACCGUUGCCUUUCUCAUGGAAGUGAUGAUGGGGGUGAACAGGUUAAAGGGCGGUAACUGGAUUGAGGAUGCAGCUAUGCAAGAUAAGACUGGAUUUUAUCUCUGA